UACUCUUUCUAUUCCUUUCCGAUGAUAUGAUAAACAAGGGAAGUUCUGUCAGAGUAGCAAGUGCACGCGUCAGGGAGAGCAAGGCUUCUGUUGCUGUUUCCAUGGGAAGAGAGAACAAAAGAGCCCUUUGCUUCUGAUUCUGUUUCAGUAGAAGUCAGUCAAUAGAUGCCUCCAGUGCUGCCAGCCUUUUUAUCCCUUGCUCAUUUCAAAAUAUGGCCCUGUUAAAUUACUUGCCACCCCAUUAAGGUUGCCUGUUGACCAGGGGUAAAAACAUCCCUACCCAGCUUGCUACUAUGUCAGCAGCUUGAUCUGAAGAAGAAGAGGGAAAGAAGCAGGUGAAACUUCUCACAGCAUGGAGAUAGGUUCUCACUUGCUCAUGUCUGCUGAUCACGCUGCUGUUAAAGGUCAAGCCACUAUGGCCGCCUGAGAAGUUGGGAAUGGGAACUUUGCAUUCAGGGGAGUAUAGUGAUCCAACUAAUCCAGAGGUUCCUGUGUCUUUGAGGGAAUGUCAGCAGGUGAAGCUCUGCAAUAUUAUGUGUCAUGAGAAGCAAUAGCUCUGUGAUUCACCCACCCACCCCCAAGAACCCUUGAAGGACAAAGUUUUUAUCAAACAAACAAACAAACCAGUAAGUUUUUCUGUAAACAAGAUCUGCUAGUAAGUCAGAGCACCACAUGGGCUGUAUGCAUCAUGGGGAAACUAUACAAGAAGUUGAGACCCAGCUGGAAUCCUGACUGUUCACCAUGCUGAUGCCGUGAUCUUUGGUAGAAGCAUGACAGUACUAAGAGAAGACCUGUAUAUCUUUUUGCCAGUCGGGCUAUGUGGUGACGAUAGCAUCACAGGAAUGUAUGAGUGACUGGACUUGUUUUGGUCUGGAAUGAGCACAAGAAGUUGGAGAACAAUCCAGGCAGGAAAGGUGGGAUCAACUGCUUGACAAGAUGAGCCACUGUUAUUACAAUGAGACAAUCGCGUUCUUCUACAACCGGAGUGGGAAGGAACUAUCCCUCAUAUGGCGACCCAAGGAUUCCUUGGUGGUAGGGCUUGGCUUGACGGUCAGCAUCAUCGUCCUUCUCACCAACUUGCUGGUCAUCACUGCCAUUAUUAUCAACAAGCGCUUCCACUACCCUAUCUAUUACCUGCUGGGGAAUCUGGCAGCUGCUGAUCUCUUUGCCGGCAUUGCAUACAUGUUCCUGAUGUUUCAUACGGGACCCAGGACUGCCCAGCUCUCUCUCAAGACCUGGUUUAUCAGGCAGAGCCUCUUGGACACCAGCUUGACUGCCUCAGUGGUCAACCUCUUGGCCAUUGCAGUGGAGCGGCACCAGACAGUGUUCACCAUGCAGCUCCACAGCAAGAUGUCCAAUCAGCGAGUGAUGAUCCUUAUCUGCUGCAUCUGGAUCACAGCCCUGCUGCUGGGCCUCAUCCCCUCCUAUGGUUGGCACUGUCUGUGUAACCUUAACAAUUGCUCCAAAAUGGCACCCCUCUACAGCCGCAGCUAUUUGACCUUCUGGGCUCUCUCCAAUCUCUUCAUGUUCCUUGUCAUGGUGGUUGUAUACACUCACAUCUUCAUCUAUGUCAAGAGGAAAAUGGCACGGAUGUCCAAGCACACCAACUUCCACCCACGCUACAAAGAGACAAUGAUCAACCUCAUCAAGACAGUCAUUAUUAUCCUGAGUGCCUUUGUUAUCUGUUGGACCCCUGGGCAGGUGGUGCUCCUGUUGGAUGGCCUUGGCUGUGAAAGCUGUGAUGUGUUAUCAGUGGAGAAAUAUUUCCUGUUACUGGCUGAAAUAAACUCGCUCAUUAACGCAAUCGUCUACUCCUACCGGGACAAUGAGAUGCGCAGCACCUUCCGGAAGAUUCUCUGCUUUGCCUUUUACAGGAUUCCAAAGUACUCGCCUGCCUCAUCCAAGACCAGCACCGCAGAGCAUAGGAUACUGCCUCAGAAUGGGCAUCCAGUUAUGGACUCCACCCUCUAACGCUGCAGCUUCAGGCUCCUCCUUGCUGGCCAUCCAAAGCCAUUUUUGGUUGUCUGUGCCCCAUCCAACUGAGGCUAGAGACGGUGAACUGUAGUGGCGGCAGUGUGGCUGGGGAAUUGCACUGUGAUGAAACUUGGCAACCAGGGGACAACGUUGUGCCAGUGGCUUGAUCAGUGACUGAGGACAGCAGUUUUGAUCUGUAGCACAACGUGGUAACAGUAUGCAGCCUCAUGACAGAGGUGGUCAUAUUUUUGAGUACAGAUAACCACACGUUUGGGAUACAGUGAUGAUUCAGUCAGAGCUAAAGAAUGAGCAUGUUUGCUCUGUUACAGUUGUGGAGGCACCUUAAAUACUCCAUUGGGUAAAGAGCCAGUUCAGAACUGGUUUGCACCAGAACUUCUUACAGGCCCAGCUUUCCUUCUUCCACAGGUGAAAUAAGCAAAUAUAGCCCUGUCGGCUAACAGACCAUGGGUGGCCUGUUAGGACAAAUUUUAUUUGCCUUGUUCUUCAAACCCAAAUGUUUGGACAAACUUUGAAGAGUGGUGGAGCAAAAAGGCGGAGGCACAUGCAUCUCUGUGCGUGUGCACUGCUAUUUUUAACAGUGUGGAUUUCCGCAUCACCAUAGCAAGGCUGGUUGCCCUAGCCCUUCUAGUAUUACUGCCUUUUUAGCAUGGCCUUCCUAGGGCUAAGAUGCAAAGGCAACGCUUCCCCUUCUGUGUCAGCUCCCUUAGAAUCUGUUACAAUACGAGCUGCCUUCUCAGCUCAACCUGUAGCCGUCCCUCUGUGUAGCUCAGGAAGAUUCCAGAUCUACGGGGCCAAGCGGCUGUCUGUCUGGUUGGCGAAGUCCACUGCAGACAUUAGGCUGGGUAUACAGUCCAUAUUAGCUGGGAAACGGAUAUAGCACAAGGAAUAUGCAAUAAUUAAAAAUGUUAAAAAAAACCCAUCUGUUCCACUUGUUUUACCCUUGCUGCACAGAUGUUUAGGGAUACAGUCUAGCUGAUGACCAUGGAUGAUUCAGCUUUGCAUGUGCCCCACCUGCUCAAGGGAUUCCUCCCACCAUUCCUAAUUGCUGUAGAGGAAAAUGCCCUUCUAUUCCCAAACCAGAGGUGCAGUGCUGCAUGUAAAUUCUUGGUUCCUUUUGUAAAGUAUCUUUUGUGGAAUAUAAAUGUGCAAAAUGCUCUUGUUUUACAAGGA